UUAAAACAGCAACACACACAACUAAAUGUUCUUAAUACUACCUACCUUUUAAAAAGUCAGACUGGCAGGUAAUAAGUGGGGGAAGAAGAAUGUUUCUGUCUCUUCCUACGUUGACUGUCCUUAUUCCAUUGGUCUCUUUAGCAGGACUGUUCUACUCGGCCUCUGUGGACGAAAACUUCCCAAAGGGCUGCACUAGCACAGCCAGCCUGUGCUUUUACAGUCUGCUCCUGCCCGUUACCAUACCAGUCUAUGUGUUCUUCCACCUUUGGACUUGGAUGGGGAUUAAACUCUUCAGGCAUAAUUAAUAAAACCAGAGCCGCGAUAGUAUAUAUAGUAAUGAUAGGUCUUGAGUGUGUAUUUCUGAAAGCUCAACUACAUGGAAAUACUGGAAACCCACUCAAUUUGCAGGAAAGGUACUUUGCCUUGCCUCUCUCAGGUGUAGGACUAUGGGAGGCUUAAGCAGCAGAAGUUUCUUUUAUUGUACUUUUGGUCUGCUCUUGUGUUUUUUGAAAAUUCUUACUAUUAUAUCAGAAGAAACAUUUCAACAGAGUUUCUUGUUGGAAAUUAACAGUCUCAACCAUUACCUGAUUACUUUAUUUCUUAAAUUAACAGUCUCAACCAUUACCUGAUUACUUUAUUUCUUACCCCGUUCAUCUAAUAGUUAAUUAAAAUGUUACAUGUUUAUUUUAGAUUUAGAUUUAACUAUUUGGUAGAAUCAUAUGUUAAGGAUGACUGAAAGAAUUCCAAAAGAGCUAUGCUGAAGUAGUUGUAGAGAAAUGCAUUUGAGCUAGUGUUAUAGAAAACCACAAUAAAAUGGAAAUUUCAUGUACUUGCAAACAUUCUGAGUUUGUAAAGUUAACUUUGUUUCUUUGGCAUCAAAUGUUUACAAUAAGAAUAAUAAAAUAAGAUGAUGCUUUUCCAUUUAAAAA